AUGCAGAAAAAUGGAAGCGGAAGAAUAGUCAAUGUAGCUUCUGUUGGCGGAAUCAGAGGGGUUUUGAAUCAAACUGCGUAUGUCGCAACAAAACACGCUGUUGCCGGAAUGACCAAAAAUGCAGCUUUGGAAUACGGAAAAGAUAAUAUUCUGACCAAUGCUAUUGCUCCGGGUGCGAUUUUGACACCAAUGGUUGCCGAAGCUUUUAAACAGGUAAAUCCUAACGAUCCGAAAGCAGCAGAAACCGAAUAUGCAUCAAGAAAUCCGAUGAGAAAAUUGGGUGAUCCAAAAGACGUUGGAAAUUUGGUUGCUUAUCUCUUGAGCGACGACAACGGCUAUGUUUCUGGACAG